UCCCUCGCUAUUCUUGCGGUUGCCACACCAACUCCUCAGUCUGCGGGUCAAUGCGACACUGGCGCGUUGCAAUGCUGCCAGAGCGUUCAGGACUCCAAUAGCAACCCCAUUUCGGUCCUUCUUGGCCUCCUCGGAGUUGUACUGGGGCCUGUCAACAUCCCUGUCGGGGUGACAUGCUCCCCAAUCACGGUCGUUGGUGCCGGAGGCACCAGUUGCUCAGCCCAGCCGGUUUGCUGUGAGAACAACAGUUUCAAUGGUCUGAUUGCCCUUGGUUGCACGCCAAUCAACAUUAACCUCUAA